AUACUUCCGCUAACACUAGCUGUUUACUCGUUUAAUCUGGUGAAUUAUCAGACACUACCGCUGUUGGUCGACAAGGCCGAAUAGCAGAAGCGUUAUGUUGCGACUGCCAUCAGUUGGCCGAGCUCUAGCUGGAGCUGCCAAGGGCGGCCUGGCUCCUGCAAACCUCGUGUGCACCCCUGCGCGCGCCGCCAGCAACAUGGUGGAGGUGUUUGUGGAUGGGAAGCCAGUGGAGGUGGAGCCUGGAACGACCGUGUUGCAAGCCUGUGAGAAAGCAGGAGUUCAAAUCCCAAGGUUCUGUUAUCACGAGCGUCUCUCGGUAGCAGGAAACUGCCGCAUGUGUCUCGUGGAGAUCGAGAAAGCUCCGAAGCCGGUAGCAGCCUGCGCCAUGCCCGUCAUGAAAGGCUGGAACAUCCUCACUAACUCAGAGAAGACACGUAAAGCCAGGGAGGGAGUGAUGGAGUUCCUCUUGGCAAACCACCCACUGGACUGCCCUAUUUGUGACCAGGGAGGAGAGUGUGACCUGCAGGAUCAGUCCAUGCAGUUUGGUUCAGACCGCAGCCGUUUCACAGAAGAGAAGAGGGCAGUGGAGGACAAAAACAUCGGACCUCUCAUCAAAACCAUCAUGACUCGCUGUAUCCAGUGCACACGCUGCGUCCGUUUUGCCAGUGAGGUCGCCGGAGUGGAAGACCUGGGAACAACGGGAAGAGGAAAUGACCUUCAGAUCGGGACAUACGUGGAGAAGUUGUUCAUGUCAGAGCUGUCGGGCAACAUCAUCGACAUCUGUCCUGUCGGAGCGCUCACCUCCAAACCGUACGCUUUCACCGCGCGACCCUGGGAGACCAGGAAAACAGAGUCAAUCGACGUGUUGGACGCUGUAGGAAGUAACAUCGUGGUGAGCACAAGAACGGGGGAGGUGAUGAGGGUGAUUCCCAGGCUGCACGAAGACAUCAAUGAAGAAUGGAUUUCAGAUAAAACCAGGUUUGCAUAUGAUGGUCUGAAGAGGCAGAGGCUGACCCAGCCAAUGGUGAAGGAUGAAUCGGGUCAGCUGACCCCCGUCUCUUGGGAGGACACUCUGGCUCGUGUUGCAGGAGCACUUCAAAGCGUGGAUGGCAGUAAAGUGGCAGCCAUAGCUGGAGGGAUGGUGGACGCCGAAGCUCUGGUUGCCCUCAAAGACCUCUUGAACAGGUUCAACUCUGAGAAUCUCUGCACUGAGGAGGUCUUCCCCAUGUCGGGGGCUGGCACCGACUUGCGCUCCAAUUACCUGCUGAACAGCCGCAUCGCUGGCAUCGAGGAGUGCGAUCUGCUGCUGCUCAUUGGAACAAACCCACGCUAUGAAGCUCCACUGUUCAACGCCAGGAUUCGUAAGAGCUGGCUCCACAAUGAGCUGCGUGUUGCUGUGGUGGGUCAUGCAGUGGAUCUGACUUACACGUACGACCACCUGGGAGAGGAGACUUCAGUGCUGAAAGAGCUGGCAAAUGGCUCUCAUCCCUUCUGCCAGGUUCUCGCAGCUGCGAAGCGUCCAGUGGUGGUCGUCGGUAGCAGCGCGCUGCAGAGAGAAGACGGGGCGGCCAUCUUGAGCUCAGUCUCCACCAUCGCUCAGAAYGCCAGAACCAGCAGUGGAGUGGAGGAUGGAUGGAAGGUCCUYAAUGUGCUGCACAGAGUGGCCAGUCAGGUGGCUGCGUUAGAUCUGGGAUACAAGGCCGGAGUGGACACCAUCAGGAAAAACCCACCCAAAGUUCUGUUCCUGCUCGGAGCCGAUGCCGGCUGCAUCACCAGAGCCGACCUGCCUAAAGACUGCCUCGUCAUCUACCAGGGUCAUCACGGUGACGUAGGAGCAGUGAUGGCAGACAUCAUCCUCCCCGGCGCUGCUUACACGGAGAAAAACGGCACGUAUGUGAACACUGAGGGCAGGAGCCAGCACACCAGGGUGGCUGUCACUCCUCCUGGGUUGGCCCGGGAGGACUGGAAGAUCAUCAGAGCCGUGUCUGAGUUGGCCGGUGUGAUGCUGCCUUACGACACUCUGGACGAGGUCCGAAUCAGGCUCGCAGAGGUUUCCCCUAACCUGAUCCGCUACGAUGACGUGGAGGAGGCGAAUUACUUCACACAGGCCAAUGAACUUGCUAAGACCGUGAACCAGAACCUGUUAUCAGCUCCUCUGGUGCCACCUCAGAUCUUAGCAAAGGACUUCUACAUGACUGACUCCAUCAGCAGGGCCUCCCAAACAAUGGCCAAGUGUGUGAAGGCGCUUACAGAGGGCGCCGCAGCGGUUGACGAGCCAUCCAUUUGUUAAAUUCUCCUUCCUGCCCUAAAACACAAACACAAUUCUCUCCAAAACCUCAAGAGUCGCUCGAUAAUUUAAAGUUUUCCUAGUUACUUGUUGUAUGCUUCUUCACAGCUUUACUGAACAGUGCUGAGGAAUAUAAAUAAAUAAACCUUUAAAGGUCUUURCUUUGCUUGAACUGGGGUUCAAUCAUUAUUAAUUUUAUGUAAUUUACAGUUUAAUUGUUAAGAUUCUGUUCAUGUGCAAAUUAAAGCAUAUUAAAAGAACAAAGAAGAUCAAA